UCCACAAUGAACCCCUUAGAAUUAGAUAACAAUCGCACUCAAAUAAUCCCUCCAAAACCUCUAGAUUUAAAUCCAAGUGGUCCCUUUAAUCCCUCAAAUCUUUCUUACAAAAAUACUUUGCUCAAUACACUACAACUGAAUGAAAUCUCGGAUACUGAAAUGACCUGUUCCAAUACCCAAGGUCCACCGCCUACACUAUAACUGGAUGCUUCUAUUGCUUUAACCCCUUCAUCUUCCCCAAAUAUCUCUCUAUCAAAAGAAGAUAAAAUUCGUAUGUAUAACCCCUGGAAACACUCAGUCAUCAUCAAACUUUUGGGGAAAAGAAUCCUUCACCAAUAUUUACGCACCAAACUUCGAAAUCUUUGGAAACUCUCAUAACCUUUUCCAUCAUAGAUAUGGGUUACUAUAUUGUCAAACUUGUCAAACUAGAAAAUCAACAGAAGAUCUUGCAUCAAGGACCCUGGUUUAUUAAUGGACAUUUCCUGUCGGUGCAAUAAUGGGUUCCAAAUUUUGUGUCCAGUAAAGCUUCACCAACUAUCUCUGCAGUUUGGGUGCGACUACCCCAAUUGCCAACCAAAUUCUAUAAUUGGAAUUAUACUAAAGAAAAUUGAAAACUUCAUUGGUAGAUUAUUGAAAAUAGAUGCCUGCAUAAGUGCAACGUUACGAGGCCGAUAUGCAAGACUGUGUGUUGAAAUUAAUUUGGACCAACCGGUUAUACCCUCCAUCCAAAUUGGCCCAUAUAACCAAGUGAUCGAAUAUGAAGGUCAGGACCAGCUUUGUAAACAAUGCGGAAAUGUUGGUAAACAUCAAACAAUCUGUCCCUCCAUCCACCACAACAUAAAGAUCCUCCAUAACUCAAGGAACCAAGGGUCGACGAGAUUGAAGAGCAGCAAGUACAGGAGUGGCACACAGUUACUUUCAAUGAAGAAAGUGUCCACAGGUUCAGAUAGCCAGCCGAGUGAGCCGGACCCAUACGACCUCUUUCCAGUUCCAGCCAGCAAGCUCCGUUUGGACCGGAGCUACAGCCCUUUGGUAUGCUAUUUUGAUAUGUAAAUAUAUGGGUAUGAAAUGACUUGUCCUGUCUCUUCUACAGUUAUACUCCAUAGAGGUCUAUAGAUAGUUGUGUACAGUAGGAAUGCCGUGUAGUCCUGUUAGCCAUU